UUCUCGGCCUUUUUUUCCACCUGCACCGACCGACUUACUUUUGCAUUCACCUGCUGCACAUUCGGCACCACAUAGCCCACAUUAUCAAAACCUCUGGUUACGACUUUUCGUGUCAAUAUUUAGCACUCUUGGGGUGAAAGAACACACCGACGUUCUAUUUUUUCCUUUCCGUUUGACGUGAAUUUCUGUAACUGCUCCACCUGUCACGUCCCGCAUUUGUCUUGUUUCCUACCUGUCAUAUGGCGUCGUCAGAUCAAAAGUGUCGAAAAAUCCCUGCAUCUUCUAUCGAUACUGUAUUGAUAUCGGAUGCCUUACAUGGGUCACCACACUCAAGCGAAAAGGUCGAUGAGGCUAUUUCGCUCAAACACAGGAUGAAGGUUCCCGCUGGGGCUUGCAGCAGUCCUGAGAAUGAGGAAGAAACUGUGCAGGCAUUCAAGUCUAGGAUAGUCAGAAAUCGACAAAGAAGCGCCGAAGAGAAGCUCCGAAGGGUGAAUAAAGCCCUCCGACGCGCUGAAGUGUCCAAGGUUGCAAAUCUCCUACGUAAGCGAUUGGAAUAUGCGAAGUUCAAAGUGACCCGCGGCUGGACAGAGAAAUCGUUCCCGGAAAUCCGCAAAAUUUACAAUACUAUUGGGGCCAACACCAUCAGCACUCCGAAAGCAAGAAAGCAGGAUUCAGCAUACGGAAGUGAUGUGGGACCAAUUUCUCCGCUGUCAACGGGUGCUACCACUGAGGUUUAUUCAGAGAAAGAAGUUAGGGCAACUCAAACUCCGACGAGUCGUCAUCUAGGGUCUGGUGCAAAGCAACAACCACCUGGGCUUAGUAAUGAUAUCGGUGCUCUUCUAACCAAACGACUGCGCGAAGAAACAAAUGCGUACUUUGCGAAGCUAGGAAUACCAUCCAUGUACGAGCGGGACCCCUGGACCUCGUACUUGAAGUCGAAAGAUUCUACCAAUCCGUAUUUCCCUUCGCCUACUCCCUCCCCGUUACCUUCCCGAGCAUGUUCUCCAACCCAUACAUCUAUAGACGCGGAAGCGGAGGAAGGGGCGAUGCUGCUGAUGAUGCUCCAACAUCCGAAGAGUUAGUCAUCUACUCCAACCUGCAUUUUGUGUAUAUAUAUAUGUAUAGAGCGCGACCACCAGAAUAGUGUAAGAUAGUAUCAUUGGAGCAUGUUGGCAUUAGUACAGAGAUAUUCUCGAUGCUAUGCACAUAUACACCCAAUUUUCGGUUUCAGCUAUCACAUAGUGGC